AUGAUUCGUGUGACAGCCCAUAUACUCCGUUUUAUCGCUGGCUGUCGGGGAAAAUCCAACCCAUCAGAUUUUCUGUCUCGUCUUGAACUCGACGAAGCAGCCCUCGCUGUAGCACGUUCAUCACAAUGUCAAUAUUUCCGUACGUUGCAUAAUGAAUUGUCCCAUGAUCGCCUUAUUUCAGUAAAAACAAUAGCGCGUCUUCGUCCGUACAUCGACGAAAAAGGCCUUAUCCACGUUGGUGGUCGGAUAUCCAAAUCUAAUCUCCCGGAGAGCCAGAAGCAUCAAAUCUUGUUAGCGAAGACGUCACAUUUUUCACUGUUACUAAUCCGCCAUUGGCAUGACGUGACCGGUCAUAGUGGGCCGUAG